GGAGAACAAACUGCGAACGCCGCGUGGUAGCAAGGCCUGCGCGGGCACUUAUCGGAGCUGGAGACAGAUAUAAAGAGAAGUCUGUCUGCACCGUGUAGAUAGCAGUAGGCUUUGCUAUUCUUUCAGCGCUGCUUCCUUCUCUGGAGAAUCGACCCGGCUUUGGACUAUACCCACCACCAACAUGUCAGCAACCGACAAAGCAACCUAUGUGGACUCCAACCACGAUGAGACAAUCCCCAGCCAUGGCAAACAGGACACUGCCCUGCGCACCGAGGCUCUCAGCCAUGAGGCCAAGCACGCUUCCGACUCUGAACACACCAUGAGUCUCAUGAAAGCCAUCAAGCUGUACCCUAAGGCCAUUGGCUGGUCGGUUCUUCUAUCAUCGACGCUGAUCAUGGAAGGAUAUGACCUUGCAUUGCUUGGGAGCUUGUAUGCGUCCCCGGAAUUCAACAAAAAGUAUGGCGUCUACAACGAGGCGAAAGAAAAAUGGGCCGUGUCCGCAGCAUGGCAGUCUGGAUUGUCAAAUGGUGCCCGCGCUGGUGAAAUAUUUGGUCUGCUCAUCGCUGGGUGGGUAUCCGAUCGAUACGGAUACAAGAUGACAACAAUUGGAUCGCUGGUCUUGAUGAUUUGCUUCAUCUUCGUGCUCUUCUUUGCACCCAACGUGAAAGUGUUGGUUGUGGGUGAGAUUCUUUGCGGGAUGCCAUGGGGCGCGUUCCAGUCAGUCACGCCCGCUUACGCCUCGGAGGUUGCGCCAACAGUCUUACGACCCUAUCUCACAACCUUCAUCAACAUGUGCUGGGUCAUAGGCCAGUUCUUUGCGGCAGCUGUCAAUCGUGGUUCCAUCCAUCGAGCCGAUCAAUGGGCAUAUCGCAUCCCGUUUGCAGUGCAAUGGGUAUGGCCUCUGCCGAUUUUGGCCGGUUUGAUAUGGGCACCGGAGUCUCCGUGGUGGCAUGUUCGCCAUGGGAACCGAGCUGCCGCGAAGAAGUCAUUGAUGCGGCUCACAUCCCGCAACGAGCCCAACUUCAACCCCGAUGAGACCAUCGCCUUAAUCGAGCAUACCAAUGAGAUCGAGAAGGCGAUGAGCGAAGGUGUGACGUAUCGUGACUGCUUCAAAGGCAUCGAUCUGCGACGGACAGAGAUUGUCGUGGGUAUCUGGCUUGUACAAACCCUCGGUGGACAAAACCUCAUGGGAUACUUUGCCUACUUUAUGACUCAAGCCGGCAUGGACCCGUCGAACUCGUUCUCGUUGUCGAUGGGACAAUAUGCCCUCGGCAUGGUGGGAACAGCAGGCUCCUGGUUCCUGAUGAGCAGGGUUGGACGACGAAAGAUCCACUUCAGCGGUCUCUGUGCUCAAUUCACAUUGCUGAUGAUUGUUGGUUGUCUGUCAUUCGCAACAUCAAACAGCGCCAUCUGGGCCACCGGCGCCAUUUUGGUUGUGUUCACAUUCGUCUAUGACUUCACGGUUGGACCGGUAACAUAUUCGCUCGUUUCGGAGCUCUCGUCGACCAGGUUGAAAGCGAAAACGAUUGUGCUAGCUCGAUCUGCAUACAACGCAAGCAAUAUCUUUGUGAAUGUCAUGACGAACUAUCAGCUGAGUUCGACUGCAUGGAAUUGGAGCUCACGUGCGGCGUUCUUCUGGGCCGGAAGCUGCCUCCUUUCUGCAAUCUGGGUUUUCUUCCGCCUGCCGGAACCUAAGGGACGGACAUAUGCGGAACUUGACCUUCUCUUCGAGAAAGGUGUCCCAGCUCGUCAAUUCGCUUCCACCAAGAUUGAUCCUUAUGCCGAACAUGCGAUGCCAGCAAAAAGGUUGUCCAGCGGUGCAGAGGAGUUUGAUGUUAUCGAAGAGAAACAUUGAACGGCGUGCACUCUGCUUGCACAACCUCAAAAAGUCCGGUGAUGUGGUUGGGUGUUCCUGCCAUUACUGGAGACGCGGACCGUGGCCUCCACCAACGCCUUACUGUCUCAACCCGUUUCGUAUUCGAUAUAAGCGGGUGCUUGUUUGUUGAGAGGCACAUGAAUAUGGCGAGCGAGGGGUGCCGUCAUGGCAGGGAGCAUUUGGUCCACUUUCGUGACCAAGAGCGGAAGGUAUUUGUCUCGACCUCCAGGUAAUCGAGCGAUCAGAGAAAAGAAGUGCUUCAAAUUGUCUUCCGGGCCAAUUUCGAAGCCAUUGGAUUUGAUAUCCUCAGUCGGAAUGCAAGAGAUGACAUCAAUGAGAGUGCAAGCGAUGUCAAACACCUUCUCGGUCAAACCUAUGCCAUGCAUCUGCAUACUAUGGAGUGGAAGCUUCCAAGUCGAGAUCGCGAGAUCCUGGGCGAUCUUCAAGGGAUAGCGGAACGUGAGACUUUCGUGUGCAGCGUCGCUUGACAGGUAACCCAACAUGGUGCAUAAUUGCCACACGAUAACCCGCAGCCAUUGCUGCGAAACACGAAUGUUGGCAAGCUGCGUGUCUACAAUAUCCAACGAUGUUGCUACACCGCGUCUUAUAUUCUGCUCGGAUUCGACAAGAAAGUGUGGAGAACAAUUGGUGCUUGCUCUGUUCCACAGACUGAUGAAGUAGUCGUCGAUGGGUUUGAAGAGCUCUGCUAGACAACGGAAACCGACUAGAUGAGGACUGUUUUUCGCCAAAUCCUCGAGGCUCGGGCUUUGAGGUGUAAUCUGCAAGGUGAUGGGCCGACGUCUGCGGAUUGCAUGUGACCUACAGUGCCCGCAAUUAGCCACGCAUGGGUAGUCCUUGGAGGGGCAAACCUUUCGGAAACCAGCAGCAGCCAAAACAAGCGAUGGAACGCUUCGUCAACGUCCUCCUCGGCCAAAUCCAUAGUUGCCGUAGUGUAGAAGGUGG